AUGCUGCACCGUCGACGGUUCGUCAAAACUUCAACGGUCAACCACAGCCAGAGAGACGUCGAUGUUGCGCCCUUCCAGAUUCCUUCAACAUCGAGAAAGGCACAGUGCCCCUCCAAACAUGCACUCAUGAGCUUCAGAAAACCAUACCAGCCUGUCGCUAUUGGUUGCCUCGUCGCAGUCUCUGUUGCUUGCCACACGCUCAUCCUCCACUUCUCAAACCUUAACUACCACGAUCCCUUCCUCUCGCGGACAUUGAGGCGCCCAUUGUCGUCCAACGUCGCCUGUCGUAUGCUCCACCGAGCCGGUAACCCGACAUUUGACUCCAACCAUGUCCAUGUUCAAGUGGGUGUCUCUGAGCGACCUUUCACAGCCCCUGGCCCGUCGGGCUCAGUCCCAUACAUCAGGUUCCACGGCAUAUCCAACACCAUGCCCCGUUUCAACCCAACCAACGCCUCCUGCAUCUUCGGCCUCAUCGUCGACAAUGCAACCGCCAAGCACCAAGCCCAACUAUGGGAUGUGUCGAAAACUCUGGAUUCCUCUCCGCGCCGCCGUCCCCCGGGCUUGAGUUCAACACCAUACGACACUAGGCGUUCGGAAGUAUGGAUAUCACUACCAUUAUUGACUGGGCGAUGCCGACGGAAUACAGCGGCCGACGGCAGACCACCCCGCACCACCUCACACACUUUCAACCCACCUGAACUUCUCGUCAACACCUUGGCUGGCGCAUACCCAUAUUAUCUGCAUACAAAGGCCACGCCACAGCGCAAAGCAUACUACCAAACAAGCAAUGACUUGCGUCUGCCUGCCCUGACUCGAUCCUCCUUGGGCCUUUCUGCAUCUACAAACCGCAACUGCCGCGUGGGGUCAAUGGGGCUGAUCUUUGAGCCCCAAAGAUGCGAUGCAACUCGACAUGUCUCCGUUGCUUGCUCACCGCUAUGCUCUGGCGACACCCGGCUGUUGUCGCAGUAUUUCCCUCACUCGCAGGCUGCGGCGUUUCUUGCAGAGGCAAGCCGCAAACGCAUGGAAGAAGGCAACAGGUGCAACGUCCCCCAGGCUGCCUUACCUGUGAAAGGCGACGAACGAUACUCAACACAAGGGAUGGCUGUCUUGACAGCCACGCCGACGACCAAAAAGAGGCAACGGCGAUACUCUCCCCCGGUUUUCUUCCGUUCAGACAAGGAGCAUCCCAUUUCAGUUGCUUCGCCAAACAGCCCUGCCGAAAGACAUGAUCCUAGCAGGCCUGUCGUUGACGGUGUACUAUUCAUUGGCAUUGCCAAUUGGCUUGACUUACCCACCUGUUCAACGCGUUCCUUCGCUUUUACUCUCGUCUGCUGUGGUCCCCGUCAGACAACGUUGACACUUGGACAGGGGCAGUCCCGGAGAUCCGCCAACAACGUCCGUUCCGGCGAAGCCCAAGACGGGGAUUUCCCCGUCCUGACAAUCCCAAGCCCCCAAAUAGCGCCGUUGGGUUCACACCCGACCAAUGUCGGGCACAUCCCCUCCGGAGACCGUCGUCUCGGUGAAGGAAAGAAAACUCUGAGAUGCUUAUUCUCGCAUCUCGAUCUCGCAACGUUUCAUCCAGAUCGGCCGACGAUGGCGGACCUUGAUGUGCUACGUGCGCGAAUUCACGCUGAGUUCUCCACGGGCAGGUCGAUGAGGUUUAGAAUGGUCUGUUUCCCACGUGGUUCACUACAGUGCCAAGAAAACACCGUAACGUCAUCUGAAUUGAGGCCAUAUAAUGGCACUCUAUAUAUCGUUGGCGCUUCUAACCAAGUCAAUGCCCCGGGAGCUGCAUUGCCUAGCAAGAGAGGCAACGACACCGACUACAGUGAAUAUUCUCAUCCAAGCGUAGUCCGUUCUUCCACGUGCCGUGAUUGGGCUCGAUAUUGUCGACCAGCAUUUCAUCUAGUUCACGAAAGGCUUAGACAAGGCGCAAACGGAUGGACUAUGCGGCUUAGCUUCGCCUCUCUACCAUCUCUCGUCAUCUCAUCAGAACACAUCUUCUGUUCUCAAGAGUAUGCCUCAAAGUAA